UGUGAUAUUAUCACUGGGGAGACUCCAUGACACUUCACUGAGCUGUGACACUGUGAUAUUAUCACUGGGGAGACUCCAUGACACUUCACUGAGCUGUGACACUGUGAUAUUAUCACUGGGGAGACUCCAUGACACUUCACUGAGCUGUGACACUGUGAUAUUAUCACUGGGGAGACUCCAUGACACUUCACUGAGCUGUGACACUGAUAUUAUCACUGGGGAGACUCCAUGACACUUCACUGAGCUGUGACGCUGUGAUAUUAUCACUGGGGAGACUCCAUGACACUUCACUGAGCUGUGACGCUGUGAUAUUAUCACUGGGGAGACUCCAUGACACUUCACUGAGCUGUGACGCUGUGAUAUUAUCACUGGGGAGACUCCAUGACACUUCACUGAGCUGUGACGCUGUGAUAUUAUCACUGGGGAGACUCCAUGACACUUCACUGAGCUGUGACGCUGGGAUAUUAUCACUGGGGAGACUCCAUGACACUUCACUGAGCUGUGACACUGUGAUAUUAUCACUGGGGGGACUCCAUGACACUUCACUGAGCUGUGACACUGUGAUAUUAUCACUGGGGAGACUCCAUGACACUUCACUGAGCUGUGACACUGUGAUAUUAUCACUGGGGGGACUCCAUGACACUUCACUGAGCUGUGACACUGAUAUUAUCACUGGGGAGACUCCAUGACACUUCACUGAGCUGUGACGCUGUGAUAUUAUCACUGGGGAGACUCCAUGACACUUCACUGAACUGUGACGCUGUGAUAUUAGUAGUAUCUUCCUGUAUGGUACAGGUCCUGCUGAGAGCACAGACACAGAGAUGAAGCCUGUGUGCUGCUCAGCCUAGACAGUGGAUAGGGUGUCACUAACCCAGAUCCUGUUGCGGAUGCUAGCCUACUGCUGUUGACAACGCCAUCGUCACUAUGACCAGCCUAGGGAUCCAGCAACGUCCCACUGACCACAGACAGAUAGGGAGGAGUCCUUUACUCCUGUCUCACAAACAGAGGUCCUCCUCCUCCCUGCCCCUCCUGAAACACCUGCACCAGGCUGGGGGGCCGUAUGCUGUCGUUGAGCCCCAGACAGACCCGCCGUCGCUGGGUGACUACUUCUCCCUCCUCCAGCGACUGAAAGAGGAGACUUACAUGUACAAACAGAACAAGGAUCUGAAACAGGUACAGAGCAGGAAGCCAUGGUGUAAGCAACAGCCUCACUCUCCACCUCUGGUCAGUCCUCUUCCCAGAGGCCCUAGCAGCAGAGUCCCACCACUUCCCGGAGUUCCCAGUAGCAGCAGCAGGGUUUUACCGUCGGGUCGUACCCAGCGUAGACUGAGCCAGCACUCCAGCCACAAGAUGGCGUCCUCCUCCCAGAAGAGUAAACACACACCUGCCAUCAUCAAGGGCCAUCGCCACUUAAGCUACGGAGGAUCCGUCCCACCUGAGAACAUCACCAUUGAACAGUUUUAUGACCUUACACCUACCAAGAAAAGUAACGUCCGCCUCAACGACCAGCUUAUACCAAAACCAACGGACAUCAACAUCGCAGAGAUAAUGAUAAAGGUUCCAAUUCCAAAAGAACAUCCGUAUCAGGCCCACAUCUCCCGCUUCGCCCUGUUCCCAACGUUCCGCUCACCAGACGACCCCGACACAGGCGUGAGAGCUGCGUCCCUACGACCCCUGAACCCUCUCGUCCCGUCCUCUGCUCCAGAGGUCACCGUGCUGAGAAAGACAAAAGGAGGUCCUUAUCGUCAUGAGGUACUGGAGGCACCCAUGACAACCAGGAAGAAAACCAUCUCAUGGCCAGGACAACAUGGCUUCCUGGAUCACCCCAAGCCAGUUAGGGGCGAGGCCCAGACCCAGGUAUUCUACCCUAAGUCCCAGAAGACAGUGUUUCCCAACCCCACAUUGCGUGACUGGGACGUCACGCUGUCUGAACGAACAGCCAACAUGCUCCGCAACGUGGAGAAGUCCCACUGGGUCACCUCCUACCAGCUUCACUACACAGGCACUGGGUCUACUAAUCCCUGGAGGUUGGAUGACUACUAUGAGAACACCGUUGACAUGAUCACUGGGAAGACAACUCCCUACACAACACAGCUGAGGGAGCGAUCCCACCCCGUUCUGCUGCUCCCUAAACCAAGAGACGGGCGCAAGGCCAGAAUACGCCAGGGCCGUCAUAAGGUGGAGAGCACCUACCACCCUCCUGUCACUGCCCCAGCAGCAGAGUCCCACAGCACAGACCAGACUUCCACACAGAAUCACCCUGCUGGGCCUCUGGGAACUAUGUCUGGUCACCAAAGUCAUCAGGAGAUAAAGGGGAACCCUUCUACUCAGGACGGCCAUCCCAACAACAGCCACGGCCACUCAGAGCUCAGUCUAGCCAGGCCUGGGGCUGGAGAUGUGUCUGGGCCUGGGGCUGGAGAUGUGUCUGUGCCGGAGCCUGCUCAGGUGUCUGGCUAUGUGUUCCCUGGUCACCACCUUCAAGAUCAAGGCUCCAGGUGUGAGAGGUGUUGGGAGGAGAGGUGUGAGUGCCAGGUCAAGGAGGUCAGAGAAGGGCUCCAUCACCCAGGGCCAGGGGCAUCAGACCCCCAGCAGAGCAGCCAGGCUCCCAGAGCCUCCCUGGAGAAGGUCACAGACACAGAGAGCUCUCUGGCCUUGUACAGCUGCCAGCUGCCCCAUUCUCCCCUGAAUGAGACCACAGAGGUCACCACAGAGAAUAACACCCAGAGAGAGGUAUGGUACAAGGACGUUCCUGGCAUCAAGAAGCAUAGCUACACAGCAUCAGGGGGUAACCUGUUCAGCCUGAGCCAGCCAGCUCCAGCAUUGGCUACUAACAACACAGGGGUGGCAUAUGAAUCUGAGACAGAACUGUCUGCUGCUGAUCUGGUCUCUCCCAACAUCCGUAACUGGCGUUCUGGCGGGAAUUUAGUUCUGGGUUCUGAGAUGACUGUCAAUCAGACCCUAGAAGAACAGGAUCGGGAGUGGCAGAACAGAGAGAUCCCCAUCCCACGCAGUAUCUCCAACCCCUGUAUCCAACCCCGUCCACAUGCCCUGCCUUCCACCCACCCAGGGGAGAGGGGCCGGUGCCAGCUGGCCCUGUUGGAGCUCCAGGACUCCUUCAGUAAGUCGGAGGUCCACCGUCUCUUCCACAGCUCCCUCCAGGGGGGCGCGGUCAACCUGCAGGACAAUGUACACACCGGGAGAAAGCACCGCUUCUACGGCUUCAACUCCUUCUAUUUCCACAACUGAGCACUGUAUUGUAGACCUACCACUAUGCCCACAGUCUGUAGGGAGUGGAAGACAUCAGAGGGCUUAGUGAGUGGAAUGGGUCUACGGUCUACAACGUUAUCUCUUCAUGAUGGGAAAUCCAACCAUAUACGGUCGCUUACUCAAAGCUACUGACAUGUUUUGCUUAUGAUGUCUGUCUUAUCAUGUCUGUCUUAUCAUGUCUGUCUUAUCAUGUCUGUCUUAUCAUGUCUGUCUUAUCAUGUCUGUCUUAUCAUGUCUGUCUUAUCAUGUCUGU